AUGAAAAUCGACGACAUUGUUUUUCUGAAUUCAUCGGCCGUUUUCGCAAUUGCUAUCAUCUUUCUACUCAUAUGCCUCAUUCUCAAAAAAUCUCCGCAAUCCUUAGGAUCAUACAAGUAUCUCAUGAUUUAUAUUGAUCUUUUCGAGCUGGCUUAUGCUUUUUUGUAUUUUUUGGAAAAACCGAAACUUCUGACAAAAGAAUCGGCAUUUUUCUUGAUUGUCAAUUGGAAAGAAUCGUUGUUUCCAAAGUUUGUAGUUUGCGUUCUAGACUUACUAUUUGUUGGUUGCUUCGGAUUUUCCAUCGCGAUUCUUGCACUUCACUUCAUUUAUCGAUUUUUCAGCAUUACAAACAAUCCUCAUCUCAAAUCCUUUGACUCCUGGAAAAUUGUGCUCUGGUUUAUGAUUCCUGCUUUAAAUGGGCUCGCCUUCAUGUGCACGGGCGGUAUUCUAAUGAGCGCCGACCCACAGACCGAUAGGUUUUUGAAUGAAAAUUAUCAAGAAAUUUCGGAAAACACUACAUCAUUGGAAGAUCUUUAUUAUGUGGGCCCACUUUUUUGGCCGAAACAUGACAACUCUACAACUGAGCAAUAUUUCAGCUGGAAAGCUGCAAAAGCUUGUAUAAUUGCUAUGGGAGUCAUUACUAUAUCUAGCUCGAUAAUGCUAUAUUUUGGUGUGAAAGGAUAUCGAAUGAUGAGCAAACUAAUUGCUACAGCAGGAGUCUCCUACAAAUUCAAAACUAUCCAGAAGCAGCUGUUCAUUGCCCUCCUUUUUCAAACAGCGAUUCCAGUCUUUCUCAUGCAUCUUCCAGCAACUGCAAUUUACGUUACCAUAUUUUUGGGCAAUUCUAAAGAAAUUAUUGGUGAAAUAAUCAGUCUAACAAUUGCAUUGUAUCCGGCUUUGAAUCCGAUUCCAACCCUUUUUGUAGUGAAAAACUAUCGAAAAGCAAUAAUAGAUGCUUUCUGUUAUUUUUUUAAUAUAGCUGGAUGCGGGCAAAAAGUGGUACCUAUGACUAUAACUGCAACUGCAUCCACACGAAAUUCGAACAUAUUGGACCGGAGUUAA